AUGUCCCUCCGCGGUGUGUUGCAGAGGAUUCUCGCCAUCCUUUUACCGCUGUCCGUCGCAUCCACGCUCUACCUCUACCUAUACCCAAUCGUCCAGCAAUGCGCGUUCCCAAUCCCAUCUACGAAAAACAAUGCGCGCGAAUCCUCGUCGACGUUUGCGGCAAACGGAGUGAUUAAUACGCUGUUCCAGCACGUCGGAGCUGCCGACAGUCAAAACAAUAACAACAACAACAUCCGUCCCGAACCAGCCAUUUUUCGUCUCCUUGUUCUCGCAGAUCCGCAGAUUGAAGGCGACAGUUCGCUGCCGCACCCGGAUGAUGAAUUUGGCUCUCGAUUACGCCGGCAUUGGGCGAAAAUACAGUCUGUUUUGUUUGAUACCACCGGGAGGAGCGAGAGCGAUAGCGAGAGCGAGAUACCCCCCUCUGUAAUUUCAGUCUUGGCCGAUGUUGUUCAUACUACGAUUUACGAAGAUAUCCCGUCCGCUAUCCGCGCGACUCUGAAGCGAGUGGACUUGUUUGGCAACGAUUAUUAUUUGGCGCAUAUUUACCGCACAUUGUCCUGGUGGACUCGACCUACACACGUUACUGUGCUGGGAGACUUGAUAGGGAGUCAAUGGGUGACAGACGAGGAAUUUGAGAAACGCGCGGGCAGAUAUUGGCAGCGACUAUUUCGAGGCGGCGAGAGGGUCAAUGAUGACCUUACUAUUACUGGAAAGAAGAGGUCAUCGGAGGACGGCGAUGUGCCUCCUGAGGCUGGACUUGAGCCAUUGAGUCGGUUCAAUUCCUCCUGGAGUAGGAGGAUCAUCAAUGUGGCAGGAAACCACGACAUUGGAUACGCGGGUGAUGUGUCCAGACACCGUCUGGACCGCUUUGAGCGAGUAUUUGGACGCGCCAACUGGGAUAUUCGCUUCCGGCACCCUCCGCUUGAGGAGGAGGAAACACAACAAGAAGAGAAGAAUAUAACGGACGAGAAUGCAGAAAACAGCCACAUACAACCUACGCUACACGUAAUCAACCUCAACGACCUCACUUUGGACGGCCCUGCUUUCGAAAAUGAGAUCCAAACCGACAGUUACGGGUACAUCAACGAUCUCAUCACCCAUCGUUCCUAUCCCGUCGAAGACGAGACGUCUUUCACGCUGCUCCUGACUCAUGUACCUCUACAUAAACGCGAGGGUAUAUGCGUAGACGGCCCGCAUUUUUCGUAUUUUGAUAACGAGGAUGACAACUCUGACGGCAAUCCUCGGUUUAAACAGGGCGGUCUCCGUGAACAGAACCAUUUGAGUGAUCAUGCCAGUGGACCCGGGAUUCUUCAGGGGAUAUUUGGAAUGAGCGGAGACGCUCAUACUUCUGCUGCUGGUGGACGCGGCCGGCGGGGCUUGAUUCUGACAGGCCAUGACCACGAGGGUUGCGAUGUUGUCCAUUUUGUCAACCGCACUUUUACGGAUUCAAGUGACAACAACGAAAACGAGAACGAACAUGAACCCGACAACUCUCAGCCCUGGCACUGGGACGCCACACGAUACUCUCCCUCGGCCUUGACAAGCAAUAGUGAUAACGGCAGCAGCCCGGCAAUCCGUGAAGUCACGCUUCGCUCCAUGAUGGGCAUGUACGGCGGGCACGCGGCACUAUUGUCUCUAUGGUUCGAUGCCGAUCCAGACGUGAAUCAUUGGCAGUAUGAGCUGCAGACGUGUGCGAUUGGGGGCCAGCAAAUCUGGUGGGCGAUCCAUGGGCUGGCGCUGGCUUGUGUUGGUGGUGUGCUUUUGGUGCUACUGCUUUGGGGGGUUGAGACUGUUUGUUCUGCAAAGACAGAGAAGAAGACCGUACAUUUUGUAUCAAAAGAAGUGGCGAAGUCUUCGGACCGCAAAGUAGAAAGGGAUUGA